AUGGAGUCCGUCAAGCACACCAAGAAGCGGAAGUUCAAGGACGCGAACGGCGCCAAAGCCAUCGUCAACAAAUCCACAACUGCGACUGUCUCAGCCCCCGCGCGCAAAUCGAAGAAAGCGAAGCGGGUCGAGCCUGAGCCUGAGCCCGAAGUCGCAGACCCUGCCGGAUCCUCGAGUAACGACGAUGACAUUGUAGAAGAGCAAACGUCCGAAAGCAAAGAAUCUGAAGACCAGCAAGAUGACGAGGACGCGGACGACGCGGAAGAUAUUGCUGAGCUUGAAAAGAGAGUAGCGGCUGCGGAUGCGGAGGAUGGCGGCGACGUCGAUGCGCCGGAUGCUUCUAGUGUUCCUCUUUCAACACUCGUCGCGACCGAUGUCGAGAAAUUCUCCGAGCUGAACCUAUCCGACAAGACCCUCAAGGCUAUCAAGGAUAUGGGUUUUGAGACCAUGACACCAAUCCAACGACGAGCUAUACCCCCUCUGCUGGCAGGUCGUGACGUUCUCGGUGCGGCAAAAACUGGCAGUGGAAAGACCCUAUCUUUCUUGAUCCCAGCUGUGGAGAUGUUGAGCUCGCUUCGCUACAAGCCUCGCAACGGUACAGGUGUGAUUGUGGUGUCACCAACAAGGGAGCUGGCACUGCAGAUCUUCGGUGUCGCACGAGAGCUCAUGGCGCAUCACUCGCAGACGUACGGUAUUGUCAUCGGAGGUGCCAACAGAAGAGCCGAAGCCGAGAAGCUGUCGAAGGGAGUCAACCUGAUAAUCGCUACUCCCGGACGGUUACUCGAUCAUCUUCAGAACACCCCUGGUUUCGUUUUCAAGAACCUCAAGUCUCUAAUUAUCGACGAAGCCGACCGCAUCCUGGAAAUAGGGUUCGAAGAUGAGAUGAGGCAAAUCAUCAAGGUCCUUCCCAGCGAGGGCCGCCAAACUAUGCUUUUCAGUGCCACGCAGACGACUAAAGUUGAAGAUCUGGCCCGGAUAUCAUUGCGCAAGGGUCCGAUAUAUGUCAACGUCGACGAGCAAGAACAGUACAGCACUGUGGAGGGACUGGAACAGGGAUACGUCAUCUGUGAAGCCGAUAAGCGGUUUCUUCUGCUCUUCUCCUUCUUGAAGCGGAAUCAGAAGAAGAAGGUCAUCGUCUUCUGCUCCUCCUGCGCAUCUGUGAAGUACUAUGCAGAGCUUCUAAACUACAUAGAUCUGCCCUGCCUUGAUCUCCACGGAAAGCAGAAGCAACAAAAACGCACAAAUACCUUCUUCGAAUUCAUCAACGCAAAGUCCGGCACGCUCAUUUGCACCGAUGUUGCAGCUCGGGGAUUAGAUAUCCCUGCUGUCGACUUCAUUGUUCAAUUUGACCCUCCGGACGACCCCCGAGACUAUAUCCACCGCGUGGGCCGAACGGCACGCGGGGCCGGUGGAAAGGGUCGCAGUCUACUGUUUCUGCAACCAAGCGAGGUGGGCUUCUUGUCACACUUGAAGAGUGCCCGCGUCCCAGUUGUGGAAUACGAUUUCCCCGCGAAGAAGAUUGUGAACGUCACGUCCGGGCUUGAGAAACUCAUCAAACAGAACUACUAUCUGAACCAAUCAGCGAAGGAGGGUUACCGAAGUUAUCUACAUGCCUAUGCCAGCCACUCCCUGCGUAGCGUUUUCAACGUCAACGAGCUGGAUUUGGCCAAGGUAGCAAAGAGUUUCGGGUUUGAGACACCGCCCAGGAUCGACAUCACGUUGGGCGCAAGCAUGAGCCGAGACAAGCAGCAAGGAAGACGAGCAUACGGAAGCCAGCCACGCCAGGGCCAAAAGUUCAACAGAAGAUGA